AUGAGCAUGCUUGAAAAUUACAUUGGUCAAAAUGAAAUUAUCAAGGAAUAUAGAAAAACUUCUAAGAAAUAUAAUGAAAAAGAAAAUCUAUUACCUGCUGAUUCAUCUUAUUUACAAAAUGUUAUUGAGCUUUCAGAUAAAGAUAAUGUAAAAAAGAAUAUUGAAAUUCCUAUUAAAGAUCAUUUCAUUUCUACUGAUUUACAAAAUGUUAUUGAGAUUUCUGAUAAAAAUAAUAUUAAAAAUCAUUCUAUUUCUAAUUCAUCUCAUCAAAAAAAGAACAUUAAAAUUCCUAUUAAAGAUAAUUCCAUUUCUACUAAAAAUUAUUCCAUUUUUACCAAAGAUCAUUCUAAAAAUUCUCAACUUAUUAACUUUUGUUAUGAUAUCCUUCAAGAACUUGAUAUUAAAUCUAAUAUUCAUCCAUUUUACAAAUAUGAUGAAAAGAUUAUAAAAAAUCCAAUAGACUUAUUUACCAUAAUUUCAAAAUUAGAAAAUAAUCAAUAUGCAAAUAUUGAAGAAUUUGAAAAAGAUAUUCGUCUUAUAUUUCGUAAUUGUUAUAAAUAUAAUGAUAUAGGAAGUGAAAUGCAUACUUUAGGAGAAGAAUUGGAAUCAGCUUUUAAUAAGAUUUGGACUGAAAAAAUUAUUUUUCAAGUUAAACAAAAAGAAAAAUUAAAAAGAGUACUAGAUAAUGAUACUGAUACUGAUUCAUCUUCUGAACUUGUAACAAAGCAAAUUCGAAUUUUGGAACAAAACAAAGAUAGAUUAGUAUACAAACAAGUUGUAAAUGAUGCUCUUCUUAUUGCUUCAGCAUACGAAAACCUUGUUACAGAUAAUAUUAUACCUUUUAUUGAACUUUUAAAAACAUUUUUGUCAACAAGAUCACAAAUAUCAUUGUCUUCUGCAGAUGAACCUGUUCUUCAGGCAAUUGUUGAAAACCUUUUACCAUUAAAAUAUCGUAUUCCUGAAUUAUCAUUAGUAAUGGAUAGUACAAAAUUAAAAGGAUUUGGUCGAUUUGGAUAUUCAGAUAUUUUUGUUUUAAAAGGAAUAGGAAAUAAUAAUAUUAGUUUAGAAUUAAAAUACAUUUCAUUGAUUGGAUUAAUUAAAAUCAAAAAAAAAGUCUAA